AUGAGUGUCUCAUAUGCGAGGGGCUCUGACGGCUCAACACCCUCUGCAACGAGUACAUUAGCUGGUGCUACCGGACCGAAUUCAUUCGCUUUUCCACCUUCCGGAGGUCGUGGUCGACGAUAUCCAGGCAGUGGUUACGCAUCGCCAGGCUCUCGAUCCAUCGUCAGCAACGGAUCUGUGGAUCGUGUGGGAUGUUUUACAGCUGUCAGGAUGACUGCAGUGGCGAAACUGAAUCGUUAUUUCCGAAGACUUAUUCGUUUCCGGCAAAUGGAUUUUGAAUUUGCGCUAUGGCAAAUGAUUUAUCUGCUUAUCAAACCACAAAAAGUUUACCGCAAUUUCAUGUAUCGUAAACGUUCGUUUUUCAUUUUUUAA